CCAUGACUGCACUGACAUUGGCAAAAAAAUCCACAGGAGCAUGUGCAGGCCCAAGAGGUCAUGCAGUGAGAAUGAAGGUGAGGGUCUCCCAGCCCUGAUUCAACCCCCAAGUCUGUGUAGAGCAGAGAAAUCCUGGGAUUGUGAGGAAUUUGAAAAGACUUGCAGCCAUAAUGCAGAGAUGGUGCAACAUCAGAGAAUUCACACUGGAGAGAAAACUGAGGAAUCCAAAGAAUGUGGGAGGAACUUCCAGAAAAUCUCCCACUGUAUGAAAGACCAGAUAAUUCACACUGGAGAGAAACCUUAUAUGUGUAAGGACUGUGGAAAGUCCUUUGCCCAAUAUUCAUACCUUAUUAAUCAUGAAAGAAUGCAUAAUGGAGAGAGACUUUAUGAAUGUAAGGAAUGUGGGAAGGCCUUCCACUGGAAGUCAUACCUCAUUGGACACCAGAGAAUUCACACUGGAGAGAAGCCUUAUGAGUGUAAGGGAUGUGGAAAAGCCUUCAGCCAUAGCUCAGCCCUUAUAGCCCACCAGAGAGUUCACACUGAAGAAAAACCUUAUCAAUGUAAGGACUGUGGGAAGGCCUUCAAAUGGAAGUCAGGCCUCAUACAACAUCAGAGAAUUCAUACUGGAGAGAAACCUUAUCAGUGUAAGGACUGUGGGAAGGCCUUCAGCCAAAGUUCAGCUCUUAUUGCUCAUCAGAGCAUUCACUCUGAAGAGAAACUUUAUAAAUGUAAGAAAUGUGGCAAGGCUUUCAAUUGGAAGUCACCUCUCAUUCAACACCAGAGAAUUCACACUGGAGAAAAACCUUAUAAAUGUGGUGAAUGUGGGAAGGCCUUUAGCCAGAAUUCAGCUCUUAUUGUACACAAGAGUGUUCAUACUGGAGAGAAACCUUAUCAAUGUAAGGAAUGUGGGAAGGCUUUCCACUGGAAUUCAUACCUCAUUCAACACCAGAGAAUUCACACUGGAGAGAAGCCUUAUGUAUGUAAGGAAUGUGGGAAAGCCUUUAGUCAAAGCUCAGCCCUUACUGUACACCAGAGAAUUCACACUGGAGAGAAGCCUUAUCAAUGUAAGGAAUGUGGGAAGGCUUUCAGUAGGAGCUCAGCCCUUAUUGAACAUAACAAAGUUCAUACUGGAGAGAAACCUUAUAAAUGUAAGGAGUGUGGGAAGAACUUCCAGAAAAUCUCCCACUGUAUGAAAGACCAGAUAAUUCACACUGGAGAGAAACCUUAUAUGUGUAAGGACUGUGGAAAGUCCUUUGCCCAAUAUUCAUACCUUAUUAAUCAUGAAAGAAUGCAUAAUGGAGAGAGACUUUAUGAAUGUAAGGAAUGUGGGAAGGCCUUCCACUGGAAGUCAUACCUCAUUGGACACCAGAGAAUUCACACUGGAGAGAAGCCUUAUGAGUGUAAGGGAUGUGGAAAAGCCUUCAGCCAUAGCUCAGCCCUUAUAGCCCACCAGAGAGUUCACACUGAAGAGAAGCCCUAUAAAUGUAAGGACUGUGGGAAGGCCUUCAAAUGGAAGUCAGGCCUUAACCAACAUCAGAGAAUUCAUACUGGAGAGAAACCUUAUCAGUGUAAGGACUGUGGGAAGGCCUUCAACUGGAAGACACCCCUCAUUCAACACCAGAGAAUUCACACUGGAGAAAAGCCUUAUAAAUGUGAUGAAUGUGGGAAAGCCUUCAGCCAAAACUCAGCUCUUAUUGUACAUAAGAAUAUUCAUACUGGAGAGAAACCUUAUCAGUGUAAAGAAUGUGGGAAAGCUUUCCACUUGAAUUCACACCUCAUUCAACACCAGAGAAUUCACACUGGAGAGAAACCUUAUGAAUGUAAGGAAUGUGGAAAGGCCUUUAGCCAAAGUUCAUCCCUCAUUAUACACCAGAGAAUGCACACUGGAGAGAAACCUUAUCAAUGUAAGGAAUGUGGGAAGGCCUUCAGCAGGAGCUCAUCCCUUUUUGAACAUCAUAGAGUUCAUACUGGAGAGAGACCUUUUAAAUGUAAGCAAUGUGGGAAAUCCUUUAAUAGGAAUUCAUAUCUCAUUCAGCAUCAGAAUUCUCAUUGGACAGAAACCUAGAAGUGUAAGGGAACAUAGGCAGAGUUGUAUGGUAGGAUGCAGACAGCAGAUCCAAAAGUACGAUAUACUUAACCAUAGCAGUUUGUUGAAAUUACAUCUUGUUAUUGUCCCUCUGGCCUAUCUUCCCCCUCCCCUCUCCAGUUAAUAUAAUAAUUAAGUUUAUACAUAACUAGGAUAAGGUAAAAGUGGUAAGAAAGAAGAUUGCAAAGAGGAACCUGAGAGUCACCUACAGACUGUUCCAUGAAUUAAGGGGCCAGAACAAUGAUUUGCAAACUGUCCCCUUAAUUAGGGGAGAAUAGGUGCCACUGGCAACUGCCUCAUAAGUUAACUGAGACCACAUCCACAAUGUGCUAAAUUAGGGGAAGCCUGCUGGACCCGACUUUGGGAUCCUGCUGUCUUACAAUGGUCUGGAAGCCUCAGAUAAACACUAAACUCAAGCCUUAAGACCAGCAGAACCCCAGCAAAUAUUAACCAAUGAACUAACCCUAAAGUGUUGCUGAUAACUUUGAGAUGGUAUGGCUACAUUAACAAACCAAGACAAAGGUCACAUGCAUAAGAGGUAGUCCUUCCCCCAACCCCAUCACUGAAAUCCAAUGAAAAUGAGAUCUCUCACACUUCUUCUCCCCGCCCUUCUCCACCUGCUGCUGGUCCAUGCUGUUCAAGUGUCUCCAGCUGCAGUCCACAAUGACCUAAGUGACUGAACCCUUCUCCCUCCCCAUUGUCUUGCUCACCUCUACCUCCAUCAUGGCACCUGUCUCUAUUCUGCAUGAUUGCCUC